AUGUCGGACAGCGAUGCCGACAGCAAGGUGUUCCGCCCGGAGCCCGAGGGCCGCGACAUGAAGCUAGAGCCAGAGACCCCUGCAGAGGACGGAGAUGCGGACGUGAAGCAAAGCGUGGAAGACGAUGGGAAGGGGCGCGCCGCAACAGCCGCAACAGCCGCAACAUCAAACGGCCAUGCUGCAUCACCGGGGCAGGCCGCGGAGUCAAGAACUCAGUCGCCGAUCAAGACCAAUAGGAGCAGCGACUCACCCGGACAGGGUUCGGAACGCGAGGAAAUCCUCGGUGGCGACAUCACCGUGAAGAUGGAGCCAGGCAAGGCUCCCAAACUCGCCCGCUCAACAUCGCAAAAGGUCGUCGCGAGGCCGCCGCCGCUCUACUUGGACCAUGAGGACAAGACGGAAGAAUCCAAGGGCACGUUCGAUGUCAUCGAAUGCUGCACGUAUGGCAACAAGUUGAUGGGUUCGACCGAGCAUGCGCUUGAAUGCGACUGUUCCGAGGAGUGGGACCCAGAGACUAGGAAGAACCUUGCGUGCGGAGAGGAUUCCGACUGCAUCAAUCGCGCGACCAAGAUGGAAUGCGUCGGCGAUUGUGGGUGCGGGCCCGACUGCCAAAACCAACGUUUCCUCAAAAAGCAGUACGCCGACGUCACAGUCUUCCGAACGGAGAAGAAAGGAUAUGGACUUCGCGCCAACACUGACCUCAAGCCUAAUGACUUUGUAUACGAGUAUAUCGGAGAAGUCAUCAACGAGCGGGCUUUUCGCGGCCGCAUGGUCCAGUACGACCACGAGAAGAUCAGGCAUUUUUACUUCAUGUCCCUGAGCAAGGGCGAAUUCGUCGAUGCGACAAAGAAAGGUAACCUCGGUCGUUUCUGCAACCACUCCUGCAAUCCCAACUGUUUUGUGGACAAAUGGGUUGUUGGCGAGAAAUUGCGCAUGGGCAUCUUUGCCGAGCGCCACAUCAAGGCCGGCGAGGAGCUCGUCUUCAACUACAACGUCGACCGCUAUGGCGCAGACCCGCAACCAUGCUACUGCGGUGAGGCAAACUGCACAGGUUUCAUCGGCGGCAAGACGCAGACAGACAACGCUACGAAGCUGUCCCAUGCUACAAUCGAGGCGCUUGGCAUCGAUGAUGAGGACAGCUGGGACACUGCUGUCGCCAAGAAGCCCCGCAAGAAGAAGCUCUCCGAGGACGACGAGGAAUACGUCAACAACGUUCAGCCGAAGUCUCUCGAUGAGGGCGGCGUCACCAAGGUCAUGGCCACGCUAAUGCAAUGCAAGGAGAAGUGGAUUGCCGUCAAGCUGCUGAGCCGCAUCCAGAGCAGCGACGACGAAAAGGUCAUGAAUCGCGUCAUCAGGAUGCACGGCUAUCAAAUCCUCAAGACGACCCUGAACACAUUCAUGGAUGAUCACAAUGUCGCUGCGCAGGUCCUCGAAAUCCUCGACAUGAUGCCUCGUCUUUCCCGCAACAAAAUUCAAAAUUCGAACAUUGAAGAGACGAUUGAGAAGUUACAGUCCUGCGAGGACGAGAGGGUGUCGAGCAAGGCAUCCAGACUUCUCCAUGAAUGGAGUCAGCUUAAGAUGGAGUACAGGAUUCCCAGGGUCAAGCGCGAGCAAAACGGCCCUAGCGCCUACGAUUCAAGAUGGGCUGAACGCACUGAGCGUGUUUCCAAGGAGCGUUCGGCUUCGCCAGACGCACCAAAGGGCCCCUCCAAUCGCAACCCUAUACCAGCUAGGCCUUUCCCAGCAGGACCGAGGCAAUUCCGCCGUCCGCCUCAUUUCAACCCACUGCCCCACGGAUGGUUCAUGACUACAGACGCGGAAAAGAAGAUCUAUUACUACAGUGCCAGUGGCGCGACUAGCUGGCAGCGUCCGACAACUCCAGCGCCACAGCCUCCUGCCCCAUCCAAGGAGAAGACUCACCAACAAAAACUCCAGGAUAUCAUUCGUGAGAUUACCGACGGUACACCGAAGACUCAAAGUCCAGGAGGCAGGACUCCUCAGCCGGAAUCGGCAAAGAAAGACAAGAAUGCUGGUGAAGAAAGAUGGAGGUCUUAUAGCGAGGAGAAGCAGAAGAAGGUCUAUGAGAACACUAUCUUCCCACAUAUCAGCUAUGUGCUGAACAGAUUCAGCAAGAGACUUCCGAAAGAGGACUUGAAGCGCCUUGGAAAGGAGCUUUCGAAGAAGAUCGUCAACUCAGACUACAAGCGUGGCCGCGUCGAGGACCCGACUAAAAUAUCGGAGAAGCAUGUCAAGGAUAUGAAGAAGCACGUCCAAGAGACUUUGGAGAAAGCAUGUGAGAAGAAAAGGAAGUUCGAUCAACAACAGCCGGAUGCGUCCGGUGGUACAACACCUCCAGGCGAUCCUGGUAAUGCAGGCGGUCGGGACGACGCUAUGCCUGACGUGUCGGCCGAUGCGGGUGACAAGGGUGAGAGUUCAGAGGAUGGUCAUGGAAAUUCAGCCAAGCGCAAGAGGCAAGGCGAGACGUCGGUUAGCACGCCGAUGGAAGGGGAUGACGAAUCUUCGUUCAAGAGGAUGAAAUCGACAGAUGUCGAUACUCCUCCGCCGCCUCCGCCGCCUCCGCCGCCUGCUGACAGCACGAUGUUCAAUGAGCAAGGCGAGGCGAUCGAUGAUGCCGAUGCACCUGACGCUUUCCAACGGGCUGCGCUCAACUCGUUUGAGAACGGGCUGGAUGAGUCACACAUCAGCAACGCAACGGCCCAUGGUGUGCAAGCAAAGAACGAGCUUAGCGUGCAGAGGAACAAGGCCAUCCAAGCAGAGCUCGGAGACGGCUCGGGAGCGAACGGCCACCCCAGUCCGAUGCAGCUGGCCACCCCAUCGACAAGCGACUCGUACGACAACUUCGACGGCAUGCAUUCGGAUCGCCUUCGGCAUCUUGGUGUCGCUAACGGCAGAUGA